AAACUCAGCAAAAACAACAGGCCCAGCCCCUUUUAUUUAUUUAUAUAUAUAUAUAUAUGCAUAGGAAAAUAAGAUUAUAAAGCACAAAUUGUCAACAAAUUCAUCUUUUCUGAAGAAAAAAAUUCAGAAAAUCCAAAAUUGAAAAAGAACCGUACGUUUAUGCUAAAAAAUAGAUCAAAAGACGUGUUUCUGGCGGUUUCUGCACAGUACUCAGUGUUUCUUCAAACACCGCCACGUUCGUAACCACCACCACCACUUUUUCUUCUUCACCCACAAGCCAAGCUUGUACCUUUGUUUCAAAAACCACCUAAGAAUCCCAAAGGGUAUCUCAUUCUGAUUCAUGGAGGACCAGGCUCAUUCCCAGAAUUCCACCCUGCAGAACGGGUCAGAAAUCAACAAGGAGCAAGUGGCGGCGGCGGCGGCCGCCGGAGGCGGCGGAAACACCGCACCAGAAUCCGCCGUCGGAGAAGCGUCUGUGGCUGCAGGAUCAGGACAGGUGGUGAAAAGGGGGAGGGGGAGGCCACGGAAAAACCAGGCUAAUGGGAGCCACCCGCCGCCGGCGACGCCGCCGCAGCCGGAAUUGGCUAUUCAACUUUAUGGAGGAGGUGAUGUUGUCAAGCGAGGCAGGGGACGCCCUCGUGGUUCUGGGAAGCUGCAGAUUCUGGCUUCCAUUGGGGGAUUAGUCACUGAAACAGCCGGGGGAGGCUUCACUCCUCAUGUGGUGAAUGUGAACACUGGGGAGGAUGUGGUCAGCAAGAUAAUAUCAUUUUUUCAGAAAGGCCCUAGGGCAGUUUGUAUACUUUCUGCUAAUGGUCCUAUAUCAAGUGUCACCAUUCGCCCACGUGGUGCUACUAAUAUUUUGAGAUAUGAGGGUCACUUUGAAAUUUUGUCCUUAAUUGGAUCAUGGACCUCUUCUAGAGAUGGGGGUGCAUGUAUGAAAAAUAGUCAGUUAACUGUUUCAUUGGCUAAACCCGAUGGAACGGUUUUCGGCGGGAAUGUUGAGAGCUCAUUAAUAGCGGCUGGCCCCAUUCAACUUAUACUGGCCACUUUCAAACAAAACAUUAGCAAUCAAAUUAAGAAAAGGCGCUCAAAUGGAUCAUCCAAUGUUCCAAGCAUGGCAGGUAAUCCAGAUUCAACAAAAGUGGAUCUCCAGAAAGUUCCUAAGUUGACAGAAGGCGAGUCCAGUUGUCCUUCACCAACAUCAACACUAAGGCUAAUAGCACCAAGCAAUGGCUUAGUUGAUGAUCCCAUUACUGAAACAACAAAUGCAGUGCCAGAAAAUGUCACUAUUGCAGACAAGAAUAUGCAUUUUGAGUCAGUUAGUGGUGUUGACCUUGAAUACCACUAUGCAGUCUAAUGCAGAACAAGAUAGAACAUUUGCAUAUGUUAAUGAUGCUAGUGCCUCUCAGAUGUAGAAAUUUAUAUAGACCCUUUCAAGCUUUUAGUUGCAAAGAACAAGUUUGUUUUUUCUUAGUUAUGUUUACCUGAACAUUUUUCUAGUGAGUCUUUAAAAGGGUAAAGUUGCUUACAUUGUUUUCAAAGGUUCGAAAGAACUUGCUAGUAACAUCACAACAAUUAACUAAAA